UACGCCGUGUGUUCUCCAGGCAGGGUCGGCGACAACUACUUCCAGCUCAGCAAGAACUGGCACCGGCUGGAGCAGUUCCGCGCGCAGUUCGACACCGACCACGAGCUGGAUGCUCGUCUUAGACUAGAGAUAGAGAGUGACAUGGCGGAAGAAGUUGACGGGAGUGUGGAGGACGAGUUUGAUCUGGACCUAACUUGGCCAGCGAAUGAGACAGAAGCAAUGCUGUCGUCCUGCUCAUUCUACCGGCGAGGUAUCGAAGCUGCAGGAGAUAAGCGAAGCGAACUGCUGCGGCGUCUGGCGUCAGUUAACAACGAGCUGGCUGUCAGAUACAUGAACACCGCGCAACAAAUCUACGUCAAAUACGCCGAAGAGCCCGACCCAAAGGCAGACAAAGCCAAAGCCCUACUGAAACAAUUCGCGUCUCUCUCGCGCAAGUCGGCGCAGUGCUUGGACGAGGCGACUUCACUGUUCGAGCGAGUCAACGACGCGCCCAACUUGGCUCUUUUACUGUGCAACAAGGCGCGCUACCACCGCUUCCGAGCGCACUGCAGCCAAGGGGACUUUGGCGUGGAGAAGCGUACCCUCUACAGUCAAGCAGAAGACCUAUACAAUGAAGCUCUAAAACUCCUCGGGCCGCGCUCGUCGUGCGGCGCCGAAGCCGUGUGGGACCUGGUCGCGUGGGAGCUGUCCUGCCACCUGUACACGCGCGCCGGGCUCAUGCAGGACGAGCCCGAGCGAGCGCCGGUGAGUGUGACAGAAGUAGCAGACGCCCUGAAGCACGCUCUAAAGCACUGUCUACUGGGCGCUGGGCCGCGUCAGUAUCUGUACCAGUUUCGCGCAGCCAUGAUACAUCAUCGCCUCGGCUCGCUCUACCACUCGCAGUACAGGAUAACGAGCGAAGACGGUCCCAAACGCCGCACGCUUCUAAACGCGACCCGCCACAACUACGCAGCGGCUGCUAACAUGUUCGCGACCCUGGAAGACGCUGCUAUGUUCCUCACAGUAACUAUGGAGCAUGUGGCCGCGCUCGAGACGCAGGCGCAAGUGACUCCGAACCUCAAAUUAAAAUCGCUUCAAAACGCCGUCCAACUGCUCAGGCAGUGCCACUCCAUCAUGAAGGUCAUCACAGACCGCGACCCAGAAGACCAGAAAGACCAGCCGAAACCGGAAGAUGGCGACGAAAAGACCAUGAAGAACGAACACAGUCUUUUGGGUCUUUUCGAGAAUCGACUACACUUUAUACUGAAGAGUAUAAUACAGUACUGUAGAUCGAAGAGCAAUAAGGACUAUGAGAAAAUGACGGAUAUGUAUAAGAAGUUGUAUUCUGCCAGUUUGAGGAUUAAGAAAGAUGAUGACGUCAGAAUUUACGCGGGGAGCGUAUGUGAGGUGCUCAUUGCGAUGGAUCAAAUAGAGAAAGAGUUUGAGUGAGUUAUUCUUUCUCUUUUUUUAUUUAGGGCCUCUUUUUAUUUCUCAAUGUUCAGACAACUUUUAUUAAAAUAAGGG